CAGAAAAUGUUGAAGUUUAUCAUUUUAUUGUUUUGUGGGCAUAAUUUUGUCUCGGGGUCAGAACUAGUAGAUUCGGGGAAUUUCAAAAUAGAAGGGAAGGUUGAAAUUACUACGGCGCGUGAUAAGAAUUGGAUUUCAAACACUAAAAUUCUUGUUGAUGGAGGGCAGUAUGUUGGUCAUUUAAAGAAUGAUGGAUCAUUUGUCAUUCAUGGUUUGCCAUCAGGAUCAUUUAUUGUUGAUGUCACAAAUCCAUCGUACUUGUUCGAAUCUGCCAGGGUUGACAUCACGUCCAAGGGAAAGAUCCGUGCAAGACGUGUCAACCAUUUACAGCCAAAUUUGGUGAAAACUUUGCCGUAUCCUUUAGAGAUCCGCGACCGAGGCAAAGCUACAUACUUCCAGCCACGAGAACAAUGGAGGGUUCAAGAUUUCCUCUUUAACCCAAUGGUGUUGACAAUGGUGUUGCCAUUACUUCUGAUCAUGGUUUUACCCAAAAUGAUGAACGCUGCUGACCCUGAGACACAAAAGGAGAUGCAGUCCCAGAUGAGUGCAUUCAGUACGAAGCCGAACAUGCCGGACAUGUCCGAGAUGUUUACAAACAUCUUUGGAGGCGGGGGGUCGGCCAAAAAGUCCAUAAAGAGCAAACCGAGUUCCAGGAAAAAAACAUAAUGUUCAAAUCUAUUUAAAAAAACAUCUUAAUGGUGUGCUUCUAGUAACUCUACGAACACUAAUUUUACUUUUCAGCCCAAAUCAGUUUACAGUUUUUAAAGUAAAGGUUCUUGACAGGUUAAAUAAUAAAUAUGUUAUGGUUUUUAAAGAAAAAGGUUUUUGAAAAUAAGUAUUGAAAGCCAACAGAAAUGCUAUUUGUUGUGAAAAAUGUGUUGAAUACAAUGCAAAGCAGUGAAGAAAAGCUGCUUGUUUUUAGCUUAUUUUAAACACAACUUGUAACAUGGGUGGCAUUUUAGAAAAAACACACAGAAUUUCAAUUCUCAUUCACAGUUGAUAAAUAAAAGGGAAAUUUGAAAACAAAAAUGCUUCCCAUAAAACAUUAACAUGUUGCCAGAAAUAUGCUUUUUCCUUUAAAAAAAAAUAUAAAAUGUAAUUGGAUAUUUAUUUUCUAAUCCAACUGGCCUCAAACAAAUGCAUAUUGUGACUUGCUUUGAACACUGCUUGAUAUGUAUUUUCGAUCAUUAAGGUUAUAACAUUAGUCCACUCCGACCAAGUCUACAUGUAGCUCGGGUAUUCACCAAAGUCACCAGUUGUUAAUUUUAAAAACAGUUGGCAAAUUAAUAAUUUCAUGUAAUUAUUAAUAUUUUGUAGAAUAAUAAUUGUGACUUUUUACCGUUUUUGAAGUUCAGUAAGUAAUAUGGCAAAACUUUCUGCUUGCCCAGAACUAGCCCUUGCAAUCUAAUUAAAAUUAGCUCCACUAUUACAUGUGGAUGUAACAGCAACCAGUUGAAGCUCAUGUCCACCA